GGUAUUGGGCUCCUCACGUUACAACUUUUCGCGCGGUGUCACAGGUAGAAUGAGCGCCACCCACUCCUGUCCCAUCUGUUUCCCUGAGCCACGCAAGCUAAUUAGAUGGAACCACAGUGGGUCCGUAGUCGAUACAUGCAACAACAACGCCUCUGUCAUUAAGGUUAUUAAUAGGGUUUCUAAGUGCGCGGCUAUGCCACUCAAACACCAUGAACAGCAGCAGUCAAACUGAACAGCACGAAUCUCAGUCAAGACCGCGCGGACUGCCCCGCCAAGAAUCUUUAGAGGCGUGGCUGUUGCCCCUUGCCUAUUGGAUAAAUCAAUUGUACGCGUCACAACAUCUAGAUGCUGAUUGGCUCGACUGAGUGAAACGCAUGAGAGCGCCAGAAAAAAAAGCUUUAGCGGGUGUUUUUGGUUGUAGCUAUUCCUGUUCAGUAAUGCAAUUCCAACACAAGUAACUUCAGCGGAACAGGAGAAGUUUUACAGCUGGAUAUUAGAAGAAAGCCCGCUUAUUUAAGAAAUUAAAGUUAUGUUGAUUUGAGUUAAACAACGUACCACCAGUAAGUCUGUGCAAUUGGAGAUACUGUACGUUGGUAUUGACAACUUUAUCUUCUUACGCUGAAGAAGAUGGAAGUUGAAUGUCUAGCUUUGAGAGAUCUCAUAAGUCCAAAGAAGAGCAAAGCAGACAUGGAGGAAGUUGGAAGCAGAAAUGAUCAGAAGGAGAACAGAUGUGUCGAGCGAAGAAGAACCACCCCUCACAAGAUGGACACCACGGCCACCAUGCUGCUGUAUGGCAGUAAGCCUCCCACCCCGGAACACCUCCAGAGCACCCCUGUUAAGCCUUCUGAGCGGGGGGGCCCUCCCCAAGCGGACCCCUGGACCCCCACGGCCAACCUCAGGAUGCUCAUCAGUGCUGCCAGCCCUGACAUCCGCGACAGAGAGAUGAAGAAGGUGCUGUUUAGGCCCAUUGAGAAUGAGAGAGCAGUGGAGGAUGUCGAGGUGGAUGGCCCGUGCCAGUUUGAUGUGGUGGACGAGGAGGAGGAAGAGGGGGAAAGGAAGCCCAGCAGGAAGCAGAAGAGCCUGGGCCUGCUGUGCCAGAAGUUCCUGGCCCUGUAUCCGGACUAUCCAACCUCUGACACCAUCAGUAUCUCAUUGGAUGAGGUGUCUACCAGCCUGGGGGUGGAGCGGCGGCGGAUCUAUGACAUCGUAAACGUCCUGGAGUCUCUGAUGAUCGUGGGGCGCGUGGCUAAGAACCAGUACGUGUGGUACGGGCGGCGGCGCCUGGGGUCCACCCUGGCCGAGCUGCAGAGGAUGGGCAGGCGGCAGCGCUACCACCUGCACAUGGAGCAGGCCGGGGAGGGUGGUCACAGAGAGGGAGCCACCACACACACCCCAGAGGAGGGAGGUGAAGGAGACUCCAGCUGUGCGGCCGCCAGCACGAGGAAAGACAAGUCCCUACGCAUCAUGAGUCAGAAGUUUGUCAUGCUCUUCCUGGUGUCCAGGACCCAGACGGUCACUCUGGACGUGGCCGCCAAAAUCCUCAUUGAGGAAAGCCAGGACCCCGCCAGCCACAGCAAGUACAAAACUAAGGUGCGGCGGCUGUAUGACAUCGCCAACGUCCUGACGAGUCUGGGAUUGAUCAAGAAGGUCCACGUCCGGGAGGAGAGGGGGAGGAAGCCUGCGUUCAAGUGGAUCGGCCCGGCAGACUUCCACAGCAGACAUGAGGACUCAGAGGCUGUGGCGGCCAUCGCUCUUCCGGAGGCCAUCGCUCUUCCGGAGGCCAUCGCUCUUCCGGAGGCCAUCGCUCUUCCGGAGGCCAUCGCUCUUCCGGAGGCCAUCGCUCUUCCGGGCGGCAGGAAACAGAAGCUGGCACGCCAUGCCUCCUUCAAUGUGGUGCCCACCUCCGUGGCCAGCCAACGCCGUGUCAACUCGGCGCCCAGCAGCCCACGCAGAGAGGUCACGGGUCUGCUUCCCCAGUCAGUGGACUAUUCCAGAAGUUGUGUGAGCAACAGCGCUGUGUGCCGGCUGCAGUUUGGAACCUCUGUUACAGGUGUCUCCCACCCCAGCGGCGGACUUCAGAGCCCCGCCCACAGUGACGGCAACUCCCUGCUCUGCUCCCCGGGCCUAGCCCCCCUGGCCGUGCCCGUCCACCCAGAGGGUUCAUACGUGGGACCCCUGUCCCCCCAUCCCCACCACAUGGCCUAUCUACCCAGCCUGUCCCAGGCCUCGGUGGUCAUGCUGUACGGAGGUCCGGAGGCGCAGGAUGGGCUUGACUGCCUGACCACGGAAGUUCAAAGGUCACCGGGGUCAAGGUCCAGAGAGAACAUCCUGGAGAAGAGGAAGAAGGAUGAAGGAGUGGAGGAGAAGAGGGAGUCACCUGAGACAGAGCUAUCUGAAAAGAGAAGGAGAGUGGAGGGAAGGAGUGUGGAGGGAAACAGCUGUCAGAUGACCACCAGCCCAAGGACCAGCUCCCUAGGACACCCAGGGGGGCUAGUCAGGGAAGAGGCCCUAUUGAGAGUCCUCAGAGACGGGGAGGUGGGCAGACAGAGCCCCCACAACAACCUGGUCCGGCCUUCACACUACCUCUAUGUGCCUAACUCUGCAGGUCUCAACAGUCUCAACUUCCUCCUCUCUGCUGGUCAGACGACAGGCGGCCUGACUCUACCUGCUGGCACCCUGCCCUAUGUCCUUGUGUCCUCCUCCACCCUCUCCCCCUACCCACUCAUGGCCAACCGGGGCGAUGCCAAUCUCAAUUUCAACAUGUCCACCAUGAUGUCCCCCGCCUGCUUCGUGGUGGGAUCCGCCGGGCCCUACACAGUGGCCGGAGCCCCGGAGUUCAAUGGGGGGGCAGUGGCGCCGGCCCUCUCCAGUCCAGAGCAGCACCCGCUGUUCGGGUCGGCACCCAUACCUCCACAUUCUCCCUUGGAGACCAGGCCGUCUCUGACCUUCAUCCAGACAGAGGCACAGACACCACAGACUCCCAAGGAGGAGGCGGCAGCUGGCGGUGGCUCCAAGGCCUUCUUCCAGACGCCAGGGACCCUGGGAAUGGCCACCACAACCCCCGUGGCCCGCCGACGAGGCUCCGCCCAGAGGAGGCUGGACAUCAGCCAACCACUGACCAAUUAGAAGUCUGGGGACCUUUUAGAGUGGCAGUGGCUGUUAGCUAUAACCUGAAAGGCUGCCUAGUGGCCUGAGAGGAAUGGACAAAUGUUGCUCUCCGGCUAAACGUGCUCUGACUGCGCUAGCUUUGGCUUUAGUCCCCACGCUCUGACUCUCAGGGUAUCUUUUCUGUAUGACCGAACUGUGUUGCUUUCAUACCACUGGUGCUUCGCCUUAUGAAUGAAUGCUAGUCUAUACGAUACCUCCUUUAAGUGCCUCAUCAUGUAGGGCGAAGUUGCCCCUAGACUCUGAUUUUGGGCCAGUUUGCAGUUUCCCCACUAAUGGUUAAGAUUAGGAUUGGGGGAAGGGAAGCUGAUCCUAGGGGAAACUUCACCCUCGAGUUCCUCAUGAUUGGACUGUGGGACACCGAUAACUAUCAGAGGACACAGGGAAGCAGUGUUGUCGUCUUUUGUUUUUAGUGCCCUCCUGUGGUGGGAGUUAGGUACCACUCAUAUUUAUUUUUCUAGUCCAUCUUCCAUAGAAAGAUUGAGCUACCUUGGUAAUCGCUCCACCCAUGACUUUAUUAUAUCCCAACGUUAUUUAUAUAUUAACUAAUAUAUCUGUUGAGUAACAAUUCUGAUGAUGUUACUCUACUUUUAGCACUAAGUAUUUAAGAAUAUACUUCUGAUUGUUGAGUUUCGCUGGCUCUGGAGGGAUUCUGUAAAAACGGUAUCCGUAGGAAAAGGGAAAACAGUUGAUCAUAGGUGAAUGAUAUCUGUGGAAGCUGAAAGGUUUCCCAUGAUGACACAUUUCAGAAACUGGUGUUGGUAAUAAGUCAUGACGUCGAAGAGAUAUCGAUACGCUUCUCGGUUGCACUUCUAGCGUGUAACUGACCUGGCUCUAAGAGAGGUUUAAAAACCACUGGUUUUCACUGUGUAAAUGAGGUUUUAACUUAAACUCCACCCAAAAACGAUAUUUUGCUAUGUGUUUCAUUAGUCCAUUGUUGAUAUAGUCCAAAAUGUUUUGGGUGGAGUUUUCCUUUAAGCAGUCACAGCAACACAUUGGUGAGCUUAAGGCCUAUAAAAUGGCUGCCAGGGUUUUUCGUACAAAGACUGGCAUCUUGGCCACUCCAAAGGGUUCUGUAUUUGUACAACACUCAUGUGGUUUACAGGUUUCCAAUUGUUGGGCUUUAAGAAUGACACCAAAUGCCAGCAUCGCUCUCUGUCAAUGUGUAUGUGCUCACGCCACCACAUGCCAGCAUCGCUCUCUGGCAAUGUGUAUGUGCUCACGGCACCACAUGCCAGCAUCGCUCUCUGUCAAUGUGUAUGUGCUCACGGCACCACAUGCCAGGUGAAACUAAAUGUGAAAUGAUUUGAUGAUGUUACAAGAUACUUGAAUGACUUAGUUACCCAGCGGUGUAUACUGGAGACUGGAGUGAAAUAUCAAAGUACUGUAUUUAAUGCAUUAAAUGACGUGCAUUAGAGUUUGGCCUCUGGAAUAUUUUUUUUUGGGGGGGGGGGGUAAUUGAGGAAAAGUUACAUUACACCAAAGGGUGCUGAUCAUCUACUUGAACUGUAGAAUACAGGAGGUUGGUGGCACCUUAACUGGGGAAGACGGGCUCAUGGUAAUGACCGGAGCGGAAUCUGGAAUGGUAUCAAAUACAUCACACAUGGCUUACAUGUGUUUGAUACCAUUCCAUUUGCUCUGUUCUGGUCGUUAUGAGCCGUCCUCCAGUCAGAGGCCUCCACUGCUGUAGAUGUUGUUCAUGUACAGAAAUCUUUCUCUUUUUUUUUAAACCAGGAAUUAUUUUUGUAUAUUGUAUUCAUAUGUUUUUAAUUAUUACUUCAAAACAUUGAAAUGUUUAAUUUAAUGCCGCUUCUUAUCAUAAAAUAAUAAUUACACUGCUAGUUUCUGUAGUUAUCCGUCCGCUGCUUUGUAGGAAACCUUUUCUAACAUUACAACACGUUGUUAUUUUCACCGUGCUUACUACAGGCUGUAUGUAUGUUAUGGGACAAACAGGGUUUCUCUCUAGACAUCCACAACCUUUGUAAUAAAAAAGUGAAAAUGUC